AAAUCUAAGGUGAAGACCUCACCUAUUUCUUUCUCUUUCUCUAAGGAAAGCAACCCCUUCCAAGCUCUAGAGGUAGAAGAUAUAGAAAUGGAACUAGAGGAUCAACCUUCUCCUCUCUUAACUCCUAUACCCCUCUCUAUACUACCUCGAAAAAGACCCUCGAAAGGAAGCCCAAAAGCCUCUUCUUCUGAAGAAAAUAAGGAGAAGGAAGCUAAAAACCAGAAGACUGGACUCGCUCCCUCUAAGAAGACUAGCCAGAAUAACUUAGAAAAAAUAGAGGAGAAAAUACAAUCCUUGGAGAAAUCACUAGGGAAAGAAGGGGAGGAGAAACUAGAGGAAGAACCACCUCAGAAACCCUCCUAUGCCUCUAUUAUUAAAUGGGAUAAAGAGGCAAAAAAGUCAAAGGAGGUAUCUAAAGAAAUCUCUAAAAAAGCCCCGAAAUUAAGCGAUAUCCCUCCUUCCUAA